AUGUGUUGGGAUAGUAAGGUGAUCCCUAAGUCAAAGAAGCCAUUGCUGACUCCAAUAAAUUGUGCAGUACAAGUCAUUCCCUGGUUACUGAGUGACAGCAAUUUCAUAAAAUCUACAUCACAGAAUUUAGACCCACAGAAAACAGUUUUCGUGGGUGCUUUGCAUGGUAUGCUAAACGCAGAGGGUCUAGCAAAAAUUAUGAACGAUUUAUUUGAUGGAGUUGUGUAUGCAGGAAUUGAUACUGAUAAAUAUAAGUAUCCUAUUGGUUCAGGUCGAGUUACUUUUAACAACUCGCGUUCAUAUUUGAGAGCUGUUGCAGCUGCUUUUAUUGAAAUAAAAACAAUGAAGUUUACAAAAAAGGUUCAAGUCGAUCCUUACUUAGAAGAUUCUUUGUGUUCAGCUUGCAAUGUUCAACAAGGUCCUUAUUUUUGUCGUGAACUGGUGUGCUUCCGUUACUACUGCCACAGCUGCUGGCAUUGGCAUCAUUCGCUAGAUUCUAUGCAAAGUCAUAAACCUAUGAUGAGGAAUGCUAAAGGUGUUGGCAACAGUGGAAGUGGCAGUGGUGGUCUUAUGUUGGUUUCAAAUCAUAGCAGGUCUGGCAAUUAGAUCUGACACCUUUAUUCUCCCUCCUGCCAUGAUUCUGCUAAUGCUACCACUUCCAUCAGCACUGUACUGCUGUUGCUGACGUAAUGUUUAACUCUUUAGCAAUUGCAAUCAGCAUUGCAGUUUCCAUUUUAUAAAUGAAAAAUUGUGAUUAUUUAUCAACAUAAAGGCAGGGCAAAGGCAUAGUUGCAGACUUGAAUCUUAAUUGUAUCCAUGUUUGUACUUCUGUGCCAAUUUUUUUUUAUUUUUAAUGCUGAAAGACUGAAAAUGUGUGACAAACGUCAUUUGAAAGAGAUCUUCACCAAAGUAUUUAUUCUUCUCAGCACCUUUAUGCACUGAGAUUGCCUUUGACAAAGGUUGUACAAGACUAGUGAUUAAAAGUUACGCCUCCUUGAUUCUAAUGGAGAAACGGUGAUAAGAAAUCUAGGUUUUACAUGUAUUAUAUAAAAAAUUUAAUUUGAAAAUGCAACAGUCAGAGUUGGUUCUUAGCUCUUAGUACAUAAAUUAUUUUUAGUCAUUGCGUGUUGUUUUUAAUUGCAAAAUGGAGAUGCUCCAGUGCAGUAAAGGUGUAAUACUUCUUGUCUGUGGAUGGUGCUUGACAAGUGUAAUUGCUGAUGCAAGAACACUUCUCAUCCUCUUAAAACAUACUUUGGUGAUAUGACCAACAUAACUUAAGACAUUGGUGCUAGUGUACGUGUAAGAAGUUCUGUUGUACUAUGCUUGUAUAAUCAUGUUCCUGUAAUCUUAAAGUUUUAUGUAGUAUUGAAUUUUCUGUGAUCUUCUGCAGCUGUUUUAACUUGAGGCAGAAAACAGGGUAGGAGGGAGUCUAGUCUCACUGGGCCAUGUUAAAUCAUUAGAUUUUUAAAAUCAGUUUUAUUUUAUGUUUGGGGAGGCAUUCUAAAGUUGCUUUAUCUCCCCAGUACGUUGAUCUGCCCAAUAGAAGGCUUCUAAGUGUUCUGAUGAUCAGUAUUGUAGCCAUUAUGUUUUCUUUUUAUUUUGUUUUUCUCUCAAGGUUUGAGAGUUUCUUUAUCAAGAAUUUUCGAUGUGAAAACUAUAGUAUAUAUAUAGUUCCUACUCGUAAACCAAAGAACCAUUUGGUUUGCAUUAUUUAUUUUCUCCGGAGUAUUGAUGGUUUCUGUGGUUUGUGUGAAACAUUUAUCAAAUAUGUUUUUAUAAAUUACACACUUUUAUGAUUUAGGUGUUCAUCCUACCUAUAUUUUAGACAUAGUAUUGUUUUAUCAAGUCACUCCACUCAUGAUGACGAAAUGGAUAUGUUUAAAGGACUAAAGAGAUUCUUGGAAAAUAUUGAGAGAUUGGUGCAAUUAAAAGCUUUAUUUGAUUACAUUAUUUCAUUUAUGAAUAUAUUAUGUAUUUAUCUUUUUGUAUAUGUAUGUUUAUAUAAGAAACAUCCUGAACCUUGCCCCUAACCCGUUUUUUCUUGUGAAUUCUGGUAUUUUGGUGAAAGUUGAUAUGCACAAGCACCACUUUUUACAAUGCACUUUUAAUCAAAUACAGUUGAAUCUUAAUUGAGGAUGCCUUACAAUAGAAAUCAAGUCAUUGUUCUUGAAAUUAUACAGAAGCUUGAAAAUGAAGUAAGAUGUCUGUUGAAUAAUGGUUGUAGAUACCAGGAAAAAGUUAUGUUUGUCAUAACAAUAAAUAUUUAUAAUGUGUAUUGUAAACUGAUACUGGAGAACCAUUACUACUUUAGAUUUUAAUUUAUGUAAUAAAAAUAAUCAUAUUGUAACGCAGUAAAUUGUGGAGAGAAUCUUACAAGGGUUUUGGAUAUAAUAGUAUUUCAUGAAAUGUUUCUCCUUGCAAGUUGAAACUUACUUUUUUAGGGGUUCUAAUAAAAGGGAUAGUUUUUGACUGGCCUUAAUAAAGUUAUUUUAGACGUGUAUAGCACUCAAGAACAGGGUACAACCAGUUUUUAUUUGUUUCAUUCCUAAUGAACAUUUAAUUUCUUUUUUAUAUUUUUAAUUUUUGUGUUGACUUGUAGUCAUUUUUAGCAUUAGUGUCUUUUAAGUGCAUCUAAGCUAGUUUUCAAGCAAGUAGCUUGAAAAGGUUUCUUUUGUGUUAAAAAGAUUGGUUUAUUUGGGCUAGAACGUUAUAUUUGUAUUUAUUGUUCAAUGUCUAGUACUUUUAGUUCUGAAAAUAUCUGAAGUUAUUAGUGCACAUUAUGAUAAUGUACACACUAUUUUAUUGUUUUAAAUCUUAUUUUGCUAUUUUUCCAACUUACAAAAUUUCAGGCUUCACCAUUUCAUAAUAUAUCCCAAAUCCAUUAGAGUACCUUGUAAUGUUUGUAUGUUAAAUAGGCUAAAAGUUCAGUCAAUUAACAUUCUUUAAAUUUCUCAUUGAUAAACUAUGCAGGAAAUGAAUUUUACAUUUGUGAUAAAAUUUAGAACAUUGCAAUAUGCCUUUAACCAGUGUUUUUAGAGGCCUCUGUAUCUCAGGGCAUAAUUGUAAAAAAACAAACAAAAAAAAUGAAAAUUAGUGAAAAUUUUAAUAGUAAAUAUCUUAUUUAUUGAAAAUCAGGUUAUUGCAAAGUUCCUUUUGCAAGUUUGAUUUCAUUGAAGGUCAUACCAGAGAGACUGAAGUAUUUACAUGGGGAUUACAUUUUACAUAAACGUAUCAUUUUUUUGUGCAAUUCAUAGAAAAAGAGGGUUGGUUGGCAUUUGUGGAGAGAAGUGGAAAAUUUUUAACUUGUUUAAAUGUUGUUGGUUUAUAUUUAUUGCAUUUAAAGUUAGCAUGAUGUGUAAGAUAUCUUAAAGCACUACUUUGCUUUAUUUUCAAUGGUUCUUUAAGGUGGCAUUGAAAAUAAGUGAAAUGACAACCUUUGACAAUAUUGGCAAAGAGCAAACUCUAAAAAAAAUCAUAUUUCAUGCUUCAAAGAUAUUAAGUUGGCAGUGCCUUGCUCUGUCAUGUAACUAUGAUGUGUACCUUUUUUUUUUUUUUUUCUUCAGGGAAGUGCCUUCAGUGAUGUAUACACUGUAGAGAAAAAAUAAAAUACUGUUUAAUUAUUUGCACUCAUCGUGAAGGGGAAAAUGUUAACAAUUUUAUAGAUAUUUGUUGGUUGCUGUUAAGGAUCAAUAGUAAAUAUUAUUUUUCAUUCAUUUUUUGUUGAGUAGUUUCAGAAAGCUUAUGAAAAUGGAUUGAAGGCAAUGUAAGAUUAGCAUAGAUGGAUAAAUUGGACUUCGUCCUAUGUCCUACACCAUUCAUAGCACUAGUUGACAGCCUUAUGACUCAACUUGUCUAGCCAAUGAUGUUAUGCAUGUAUUUCUCUUGAUAGUCAAUGACAGCUCUGCUGCAGGGAGUCAUUAAUAUUACAUUAUGGAAUUCUGAAUGUUUUGGUUGCAAAAUACUAUAUGCUGCUUAAGAGUGUGUGUGUGUGUACUAUGAGCGGUGAUAAUGAUGUGUUUAGACUAUUUUAUGGUGCAACCUGAUAUUAGCUUUACCAUUGAAAAUGGCAUGUUUUAGAUCCAAAAAAGUGUAAAACUGCAACACUUGUAUUUAUAACUUAAGAGGGAGGAAAGAAUCAUGAUACAUUUUAGUUACAUUGUGUACAUUCUUUCUUACUAUAGCAUGUGACUAUUCUAAAGUCUAUCUGGUUUUUAACUUAGCAAAUUAUUGACUAUGAGUAAAAGUACAUUCUUCUAUUGAAACAAAAAAUCUUAUAUGAGAGUUUAUGAUUUCUCAUAAGAGUAGGUGUGUGGAAGGCGGAGUUGAAUUUUAAGAUUUCUCAGAUAUUAACCCUGCCAAAAUAAAACCUGUAUUAUCAUUAUAUUAAUUCAUAAACAGUAACUGUAAUUUUGUCUUCUUAGCAAUCUGCCACUUCAACCUUUUAAUACCUACUAGCAUGACAUUUUAAAUGAUUUAGAUAUGACCAAAAUAUAUUGUUCUACAUAUAUUUGGUAAACUUUUAAUACCAGAGGUGCCACCUCCACUAUUUUCAACUUUCUGAUGGGGCCACGUAUAAUUACAUAUUAACAGUGAUGUGAUGUGAAAGCAAACCAUUUUUUUCUUUUUCUUGAUUUUAGUAGUAUUUAUAUUCCGUUCAUUAGCUAUUAUAUUAUUCAGUAAUGAAAAUUAUGAUUUUCACUGUUUGCUAUUUGGUAGAAUUAGCUGGGAAUGGCACCCUUUUUGAGGCUGAGGACUGUCUCCUGUUGAGAGAAGAUGGUGCUGAAAAACUUGAGGAUCACAAUUUUUGAAAAUAUUGAACAAUUCAGUAUUUUAAUAUUGAAGUGGAAUUGUGUACAAUUGGUCAGCAGUUUACUACUCGCUAUUAUGAGUAUGAGAAUGUUCUCCCUCUACAUUUGAAGCACAUUUUAACAUUUGAAUUGUAUGUUUUAAUUAUGUAAUGAUAAUAAAAGACUGUGAUGUAUUACAACUCUAAAAACUUGUUGCAUUUCUCCUGAAAGAACCUACUAAACACAAUC